AUAAUUUGCUUAAUCGCUAUUAAUUGCAAAGUGAAGAGCUCGAAUUUUGACAUUCGAAUCUAAGCGAAGAAUGGCUAGAAACAUUUGUUUCUGCGCCGCGAUUGCCGCAGUAUUAAUCAGUCUGUGCAUUGCUGGGUCCCUUGACAUACCAAUAUACAGGCAACGUUUAGUCGUCGGCGAUGAAGCAGGCGGAAAAAAUACCAAAGCAAGUGAAACUAAGCCAAAUCCAAUAUGGCACAACGAUACGAUCCCUCUGCAAAAAUUUAUGGAUGCAGAGUAUUUUGGAAUAGUUCGAAUCGGAAGUCCGGCCAAAAAUUUCAAAGUGGUAUUCAACACUAUGUGGGGAGACACCUGGAUACCCUCUGCGCAUUGUGGAUUGUUUGAAAUAGCCUGCAUGACUCACACGAGAUAUGACAGCAGUAGAUCCUCAUCUUAUCAAGAAGAUGGAAGUCCCUUUUCAACUGGAAACACAACAAACGAUCUUCAAGGUUUUGUAUCCCAGGAUAGAUUCAGACUUGAUCAUUUGACGAUAGAGAAUCAGAGUUUCAUCGAGAUGACUCACAUCCCUUGGAUUCCUUAUGGACUUAGCAAAGCUGAUGGAAUCGUGGGUCUCGGUUUUCCGGAUUUGAAACGCAUCAAAGCUCCACCUUUUUUCACAAACCUGCUGAAACAGCAGCUUAUCGAUGAGCCAAUGUUUUCAUUCUACUUCAACAGGGAUCCGACUACAGAAAGAGCCGGUCGUCUAGUACUGGGAGCACCUGACAGAAAGCAUGUUAAUGAAUCAACACUCAUCACAGUUCCCGUGAUAGGGAAAAAAGUGUACUGGAAGAUCAAAAUGGACAGAAUGGUUGUAGACGUUAGGAAUAAGUCUCAUCCAUUUUGCAAGAAUGGCUGUGAAACCCAUUUGGAUAGUAGCACAAACGAAAUAACUGGGCCGAGGGAGGAAAUUGAGCACAUAAACGAGCUACUGGGUGCUAGAUCAUUCGUGCCAGCGAUAUUCAAAAUGGACAGAUACAUGGUGAACUGCAGGGAAUUUGCAAAAUUACCACCGAUCGACAUCGUAAUAGCUGGAACGAAUUUCACUAUCAAUUCAAAGUACUAUGUUCAACACCUAACAUACGAAAGUUUGGAAGUAUGUCUAUCACCAUUUGUACCGAGUGAUGACACGGUUUGGCAACUAGGCGGAGCAUUUUUAAUGGAAUUUUAUACAGAGUACCAUUUCGACCACGCUCAAGUGACAAUCGGAAAAACCAGGUUUUAAAUACGUAAUGUGUAUAGGUGACUGAAGAUUUUUAAAGAAUGUCUCCCUCAUGCAGUUGUAUGUUGUAUGGGAUUGCGUGUUAACGGCUCCGACCAGCAAAGAAGAUACCAAAUCGCUAACAGGGCUUUUUUCUUAUGGCCCCAGGCCCACUUA